AUGAAUAAAAAAUCAUAUAUUUCAAAAAAUGUGGCAGAAUAUUUAUUAUGUGAUAUUUUAAAUAACCCUUCACCCAAUAUAGAAAUAACUAGUUUAUUAAAUAAUAAUAAUUUAACAAUAAAUAACGGUGUUGAUCUUAUAAUUAAAUCAAUACAAUAUAAUAAUCAAACUUUUAAUAAAUCAUUAAAUGAUUGGUUAUACUUUAUUAAAUCAAAUAAUAGUAGCGGUAAUAACAACAAUUGUAAUAUUAAUAGUGAUGAAAAAAAUAAUGAUAGCAAUGGCAGUAAUAAUAACCAUUUCAAUUCACACGACAAUGAUUGUGACCAAAUACUUUUAGAAUUUUUUAAAACAAAUUCAAUUCAUUUAAGAAAGGUUUCAAGAUUACUAUUGCCAUUUUACGAAAUUAAAAAUAAAAACAACUUGAUACUAAGCGAAUCAUAUCAAUGGUUGGAUGAAUUAGGUUUAAAUAAUAUCAUACCAAAUAUAAAUUUAUUUAAAGAAAUUUUAAUUUCUUUAAGAGAAAAGAUAAUUAAAAAUGAUCAGAAAAGAUUAUUGGGUGAUAUUAUAUUUUGGAAAUUGGUUUAUAAAGAAAACAAACCACCAGUAUUAGGCAGAAUGUUAAGAGAUUUAUUAGACGAUGGUAAUUUAUGUGAUGUUUUAGGUACAAAUAUUAUUUUAUUACUUAAAAUUUUAAUUGGUCCCCCUAUUGGUUUAAAUCUUCGAAAUACAAUUUGGCACGGUUUCAUAUCACCCCAAGAAUUUGAGCUUUCUUUAUUACUGUUUAUAAUUCAUCUACUUUUUACAAUUUCUUUACAAUUUAAAGAGUAUAAAAAUAAUAAUACUAAUAACAAUACAAAAAUAAUUUCAAGACCAAUCAUAAAUUUAAAUAAAAAAUUCAAUAAUAAAAAUAUAAUCACCACAAACAAUUGCAAAUUAAUAUUAAAUUUUGAUAUAAAACAAAUAAAUAUAAUUUUAGAAAAUAAUGAUUUUAUAGUACCCGGUAGAGUUGGUAUAUGGAAAGAAUCAUUUAAUAAAUAUUUCGAAUCCCUCAGCAAUAGCAAUGGUAAUAGUAAUGGUGAUAAUAAUAGUAAUAAUAAUAUCAACACUAAUAGUAUUUACUCUUGCCUAGUACUGUUAUUGCCUCAACUAGAGCAUUCACUCAGAGUUAGCUUUGUCCAAUCAAAUAGUUUACCAGAUAAAUUUUUAAAUGCCGAUUAUAUUUCAUUCUAUACAACUUUAGAUUUAUUCCUUUCAAAUGUACUAUUGCUUUCAACCUCAGCAUUUAGUAAUAGUACUGAAUUCAGUGAAGAGAAGCAUCUCCAAAUCCCAACAUCAAACUCCAACUAUUCAAAAUAUGAAAACCCAAAAUACUAUAAAUUUAAAAACAAUGGAGUUGAAGAUGGUGAAAAUUCAGAUAGUGGUAACAUUCCGAAUAAUAAUGGCAAAAGCGAGGAAAAGGAAAUAUUAUUUAAUAACCAACUUAUUAAACAUGUUGGUGAGCCCAUUAUAUCCAAUUUAUUGGAUUUACUAAUCUACCCAGACGGUCCUAGGUUAAGGGAUAAGUUAUCACAUGGAGAAAUUGAAGCUUUAGAAAUACCAUUUAUAUUCUUAGAGCAAAUUAUGGCAAUAUCCCUCAAUUUAUGUUUAAAGUUUACCGAUAAAGUAAAUUGUAAUCAAGUUGAUAAAGAACUGUUACAACUAUUAGAAAAUAAAGAAAAGCAUUAUAAAUCACAAUUUCAUACAAAGGUUUUAUCAGUAUCAAGACUAUCCAGCUUUAUAGAAUUAUAUAAUAAACUUUUAGCAUUUAAAUUGAAACUUGAACUACCAGAAGAAAGUGGAAUCGAAGAAAACCAAAGCAGCAUUUUAAAAGAAUACAUUGGGGAAAGCAAAUAUAUAUCAAUAGAAAUUGAUAUUAGUGUAGAGAAUGAAUGCAGGGAGUAUUUAAACCAACUAAUACAAUUUAACACAAGAGAAGAUAAAGAACUUAUCAAUCUAAAGGAAAACAACAAUAUGAUCGAACUAACAUUAAGACUCUUAGAUAAAAUAAACCCAUUCCCAAGUAAGAAUGAAACUGAUUUUUUUAACUCUUUACGAGCUAUGCUUAAAACUUCGAUCGAAACCAUGCAAGAAUUUUAUAACAUUGGCACUAAUCUUUAUGAAAAAGUUGUGCUUCAAGAAUCAUCAUCAAAAGAAAACUUUUAA